AUGGCUGAGGAACAACAAAUAACUCCAAAUGAUCCAUUUCAACUCAUCUCAAUUUGCAUUGAACGACUCUUGGAAUUGGCUGUCCCAUCGCCGGAAGAUCUGUUUCAUCACUACACGUUUUGUUUGGGCGGAGUUGAAAGUGUCGAUGUGGAGAAAGAGAACAAUAUUAAGAAGUUGAGAGAUAUUUUAAUGUCUUUGUUGAGGAACACGACUCCACUCUUCCCGGAAAUAUAUAACUAUAACGCUUUUCUUGUGAUGAAAAAUACGGUAGUGACGCAGAAACAUCAGUUAAGAGCUUUACUCUAUUUUCUCCAAAUUGAACGGAGAAACGCUAUUCUCAAUCUUUUUGAAUUUGUCCAUUUAAGUCAUCUGGCGGUCGAAGAAAUGUCAGAGCUCUUCACGCCGUUCUUGUUUAAAGUCCAAGAAAAGCGCCUAGCGAAGUACAGAGAAAUCGUUACGGUAUUCAUCGAGAAUUACAACUUCAUGAAUUUCCAGUUGAAUCAGAACGUCGCGACAACACAGAUAUUCUACCAACUCAAAGCUCGUACGGUCUCUGCGUUUCCUCCGACCUUCCACGAGUCGUUUUUGAAAGUCCCACAAAACGCGUUAGUUGAAAUCAUUUCGUUGAAUUCGGACGAGUGGGCUGUUGCAAAAUACAAGCAAAUGAGCAUCAAAAAUGGAGAAGAACGAAAGGAAGACGAGGAGAACACUGGAUUUAUUGCGCUUUCCUUUCUGAAAUUAAUACCGGAGAAAUUUGCGAUUCCCGAGCGCCAUAAGAUCGAGUCCGUCGAAACAGAUCACCACAUCUUUGUCGUCCGGAAAAACUCACAAAUGUAUAAAACAAGACGACAGUCGGGUUCCGUCAUCAUGCAACAGUCGAAGUGUUGCCAAAUCUGUUUUAAGCCGAUCGAAAACCCAUCGAAGUGUGAGUACUGUCAAAGUUUUGUGACGCCACUGUGCUGUUAUGAAUGUCUGCUCUCAUUGAAGUGUUUGGAGAAUGCGACAUGCCCGUUAUGUGGACAUGAACUUAAUAAAGACUCUAAAAUAGCACCAAGUACGCCAAUACCAGAGAAACCAAUUUCCCCAUUGAACUCCCCAGAUUUAGAAAGGAAGUGGAAGAAUGAUUAUAAGAUCAGUGUUGUGGGAAUGAAGGGGGUUGGGAAGACUUCUAUUAUCGUCAACUUUGUCUUCGGGAAGUUUGUUGAGCAAAAGGACAGCACCAUCGCAGACCUCUUUAGAAAAACACAAAUAGUAAAUGAUGUGCCUUGCUUGUUGAAAAUUAGCGAUUUCGAAGAAAAUGACACAGACGGUGUCGUUCUUGUGUUUUCAGACAACGUCGCAGGCUCCCGAAAAUUCGUGAACGAUAAAAUCGAUGCGUUGAAUCAACACUACAAACGCUUUGUUAUUAUCAGAAACGACUUUGAACCCCAGACCGAGGAAGACGAUAUAUCUUUCCACAGAGUGUUCAUUGUGUCUGCUAGAAACGAUGUCAAGAACUUCACUAAAGCCAUUGAAGAGUUGGUUUGUGACAUCAGAGCAACAGAGUCUAGACCUAAGAAGCAGUCAUCUCGAUGUGUUCUGUCUUGA